AUGCCGUCGGCAAUUUUCGGCCACAGUACGACUGGCGUCGAGGUCGUGAAGCAAUAUCCAGCCCAGAUAAAAAACAAGACUUUCGUCAUCACUGGAACUAGUGAGGGCGGUACUGGUGCAGAGGCCGCCAUUGCGCUAUCGCACGGAUCUCCUGCGCAUAUCUUCCUCCUUGCGCGGUCUGAGACCAAAGUCACGCCUGUGAUUGAUCAGAUACACUCAACCAGCCCCCAAACGCAGACUCACUACUUCCCAAUUGUGUCAACUGUGAUUCUCUAUGUACAACGAUUCAGUACUUGCAGGAGCAAGUCCAGAACCAACACGAUCCUCCACGCGAGUCGCGUGGGAGAUUGUGUGCCAAGUGUCUUGACCCCUGAGACCUUGGAGUCCUUGGCGAUAGAGGGCCGUGGCGCCUCGUUGCCUUGUCUGGCCUCGGCAAUCGUGACACCAAUACAACUCGACAACUUCGACUCUGUGCGCUACGCUGCAGCUGAGGUCAACAAACUUGUCCCAAGAGUCGACGUUAUCAUCAAUAGUGCUGGGAUGAUGCACGAAAACUUCUCGUUGAAUCCGGAUGGAAUCGAAACGACAUUCGCCGCAAACUAUCUGGGGCACUUUUUGCUCACGUCAUGCCUGAUGCACCGCGUAGCAGGCGUUCGCUCUGAUACGAGAGUGGUCAACGUCGCGAGCAAUGGACAUGGUAUUUGUGACUUUCGCGGCAUCGACUACAACUUUUAG